AUGAAUUUUUCCAGCAUGAUCAACACGGCUGUGAUACUACUCUUUGCAGUUCCAGCACUGUCAAUGACAGGCGUGGACACUGGGGUGAACCGGCUACGAGUCCCGGUGCAGGACCACAACUUACAGUUCUCGUGUCAAGGACUCAAUUUCCCUAACAGAUACCUUUUCCAGGCUUUGGAUCGUGCUUAUAAAAAUCGCUUUAAUGACUUUGGUUAUCCCUCAAGUUUCGAUAAAUUGACUUAUCAGAGAAAUAAACCGUAUUACAUGCUCCCACUUAUGAAAGAUGACGGAAUACACGGCUCAGAAUAUGAUGAAGGCUAUUAUCUGAUUUUCAACGAAGCCAAAGAGAUUAUGGGUGGAUAUAUAAUAUACUAUCUAGAUUAUAUAGUACAGGGUAGUGCGUGUGACUUUCCAUCUGAUCUAACAUAUUUGCCACCGAACUGGUGA